AUGGCGGCGGCGAUGGACGCGGCGCGGGUGUUGGUGACCUUCAAAGAUGUGGCUGUGACCUUCACCCGAGAGGAGUGGAGACAGCUGGACCUGGCCCAAAGGACCCUGUACCGAGAGGUGAUGCUGGAGACCUGUGGGCUCCUGGUUUCUUUAGGGCAUCGAGUUCCCAAACCCGAGCUGAUCCACCUGCUGGAGCAUGGACAGGAGCUGUGGACAGUGAAGAGAGGCCUCGCCCACAGCACCUGUGCAGGUGACAGAGCACAACUUCAGACCAGAGAGCCAACCACUUGUCUGCCGAUCUUAUUUGAGGGAGCCUUUCUCCAGGGAAGCCUGAGUCUGGGAUCUUCAAGGGACUCCAGACUGGGGAAAUCCAGGGAUCAGGAAGGGCUUUUGGAAAUGCAGAAAGGUCAAGUGAAGCCAAGGGCAGACCCUCACAAGGAGACCCAUCCAGAGAAAAUGAGCCUUGAAGAUGAAGGUUUGGGGACAGAAGAUAGUCUGCACUCCAGGGUGUUACUGGAGCAGGUAUCUGCAGGAGAUGUUCUCCUUCAAUGUGACUCACAGCAAACAGGGAAAGACACCUCAAUUCAUGUAAGGACAAACUCCUACAAAUGCAAGCAGUGUGGGAAAGGUUUUAGCCGGAAGUGGUAUCUUGUACGACAUCAGCGGGUUCACACUGGAAUGAGGCCCUAUGAAUGCAAUGCGUGUGGGAAAGCUUUUAGCCAGAGCUCAACCCUCAUUCGGCACUACCUCAUACACACCGGGGAGAAGCCAUACAAGUGCCUUGACUGUGGGAAGGCCUUCAAACGCAGGUCGUAUCUCAUGCAGCACCACCCGAUCCACACUGGAGAGAAGCCCUAUGAGUGCAGUCAGUGUCGAAAGGCCUUCACCCAUCGCUCUACUUUUAUUCGCCAUAAUAGGACCCACACGGGAGAAAAACCCUUUGAGUGCAAAGAAUGUGAUAAAGCCUUUAGCAGUAGGGCACACCUAAUUCAACACUACAUCAUCCACACUGGAGAGAAGCCCUAUGAUUGCGUGGAGUGUGGGAAGGCCUUCAGGUGCAGCUCAGAGCUCAUGCAGCACCAGAGGAUUCACACUGGGGAGAAGCCCUAUGAAUGCACCCAGUGCGGGAAAGCCUUUCAUCGGAGCACAUACCUCAUUCAGCACUCUGUCAUCCACACUGGGGAGAUGCCCUACAAGUGCAUUGAGUGUGGCAAAGCCUUCAAACGCAGGUCACACCUCCUGCAGCACCAGCGGGUCCAUACUUGAGGAAGCCCUGUCGGUGCAGUGAAUGUAGAAAGGCCUUUACUCCUGCUCCUCUUUCAUCCCUCAUGACGGGACCCACAGUGGAGGAAAAAACCCUCUGAGUGCUAAGACUGUCAGGAAGCUUUUUAUUUUUUGUCAGCUCUUCCUUAAUUAAAUGCACAAGUAGUCAACACUGGGGAGAAACCCAGGGAGUGCAACGAAUGUAAGGUGCCUUCAGCCACCACCCAGCCCUUACCCAUAGCGGAAGGAUUCAUGUCAGAAAAAUGCAGAAGGCAUUCCACUCGCAUCAGCAUCAGAGAACUUGUGCUGGGGAAAGACAUUCCGAAUAUAACUACUGAGGACAGUCUGAAAAAGAAAAAAAUCUCAUGUGCCACCUGAGAAUUCAUAAUGAAGAGUUACUGCAUAAUUGUCAUCACUCGGAGAGAACUUUCUGUGACCAGGUCAUUACUUGUCAUGUAAAGAGCCAUAUCGGAACUUGACCCACCUUGGGAUUUAUUCUAUGAAUUUAUAGAAACCUUCAGUGUCAGGUAUCUCCUUGGUUUA